GAUGUCUAUUAAAUGACAGCAUGGUCGUCCUUGUGCACUUUUGCUGUCCGAUUUCUCCCAUGCCUGUCUCCCUCGUAUUCCCCUCCGCUUUACAUUCUUCCGACAUCUACUCGUACCACCCGAGGGUCCUGUGGAUGAAUCUCUUGCUAUUGGGGUUUCUCUCCUGCUUGUUCCUUGCCUGACUUUUAUACUUUUAUCUGUGGGAGACGUAUCCCACAGGCACAACUGAAACAAAUGGAUCUCUCAUCGCUAGAAGGCCCUCCUAUUGCGGAUUUCCGCUUCACUGUCUCAAUGGAGAGCUCAAAAGACAUCAUGACUGAUCCACGUAUCCGCAUCGAUACUGGAUUGGCUAGCGCACUACCUCGUCAUCCUGCCUCUGCAUGUGACUCUCCCCGGCCAAAGGCAGAUUACCAUUCAUCUGCAACCCACGAACAGAGUCCUCGUGUCUGUCGCCGCUGUCAUUCCAGAAUCGUCUCAACAGGGGACCUGGACAUAUCUAGUCCACAUGAAGCCAGGUCACCGACAUCACUCUAUCCAAGUCUCAACCUGCCUCCUCCUCCACCGGCGUCAUCCUUCGCCUAUUCUCCAUGGGCUUCGCGGAGCAGGAGCAUGACAGACCUCACUUUGCAGCCCACUCACAGCACCGGCCCCCUUCCUCGCGAACCACCCGUCCAACAGGCCAGCCAGCUCAUCUGGCUUGAGUCGGAAGCACUCUGGGUCCUCAAACCUUGCUCGUCUUCGUCAUCGGCACCAUAUCUUUCUCCGUUGACUCCUCGCCCGAUGCACAGUUCUACUCGCAGUGCUGCGCACCCAUCGUACCCAUCAGUGUUCGAUGGCUACGCUUCAGACUCGGACUACCCCGAUCAACCUCCGCCAUAUGAACAACACGUCUACGAUCGACCUUUCGCUCCAUUUUCCGAUCGAGCAAGGGCAGACGGCAGUGGCCGGAGGUCACGCUGGUCAGCCGUGGCUCGCAGAAGGGCCAUCCAGGCUCUUUCAGGCUGAGGAAGACAUCUUAGUGAUACUCUAUCUCAUCUUGCGUUGGAAUGAUGACUGGAACUUCUGAACAUUGGAUUUGUGCUAUUGGAGUUCAUCUAUCUGUACCUUGGUUAUCUUCCUUGUCAUCUUGGCCA